AUGGCCGAGCCCACAGCGGGCGCCGCCCGCCGCGGCGCAAAGCGCCAGAAGAUAAUGUCCUUGUUGGAGGCCUGCGGACUGGACAAGGAGGCAAAUCGGCUCCAAACACUCUCCGGCUCUGCAGCGCUGGCAGCACCACAGUGUCAGGCACUAUGCCUCCAGCUCGUGAGGCAGGUUGAGUUGCAGCGCGAGCUGACAGAGCUGCGUGCUGCGGAGGACCGACAGGCCGCAGAGCUCGAGGGAAGACUCAAGAAGAGCCUGGAAAUGGAGGCAAAAGUGGAAGCCAAGCGGCUUCUGCUCGAAGUGCGGAAUGUGCUGGAUGCUUGGGACGCUGAGCAUUCGGGAACGCGGGGCCACACAUAG